CUCUAUGGUGCCAGUUCGUUCCAUACCAUCAACUUGCUCAACAACUUUGGUGCCGUAUGUAUCCUCAAGAACAGGUUUGAAUUAGCUUUAAAAUACUUAUCAAUCGGUAUCGAUCGGAUUCUCUAUGUAAACGAAUGCGCUGAUAUGUUACCCGGCUACUAUUGCAAUUAUGCUGAAGCCCUCUUUCAUGUUGGUCGGAAGAAAGAAGCACUAGAGUACGCUAGAAAAGCAGUUUCACUCAGCAGAACGGAAGAACCUCGAAUACAAAAUUAUGCCCAGAAGUACCUGAAAGACCUUGAAAAAGACUGCAAAGAAACGAAGCAAAGAACAUGGUGGCUGUUUUAG